CGAGUACGUCAGCACGGAAGCGCUACUGGAAGUGUCAGCCGCUCUGCUGGAGCUCUCUGGAGCCAAAACCCAGGCUGGAGCGAGCCGUGGUGGCAAUGAAAUUCUGCCAUUGCAGCUGACCCAGUUCUAAGGCUCCAGCCAUCCCAUGGUACUGUUGCCUAAUGGCCACCCCAAACUGUCCCCUGAGCCCAGUGCCCUGGGAAUACAACAGCUUCCUUCAGGUGAAGGUAGAGGAGGAAGAGGAAGAGGCUGAUCUCUCCCAGGGCCAGGAAUUCAGCCCCAGUCCUUCUGCCUACCCUGAGGCUGCACGUUUGCGCUUCCGGCACUUCCACUAUGAGGAGGCAUCUGGCCCCCAUGCAGCGCUGAUCCAGCUGAGAGAGCUGUGCCACCAGUGGCUACAGCCUGAGCUGUGCACCAAGGAGCAGAUGCUGGAGCUGCUAGUGCUAGAGCAGUUCCUAGGCUCACUGCCUGCUAAGAUCCAGGCAUGGGUGGUGGCCCAGUGCCCUAAGAGUGGAGAGGAAGCUGCUAUGCUGGUGGAGAAUCUAACUAAGAUGCUGCACAAGAGAGGAUGGGAGCUGGGAGCUGAAUCUGCAGAGGCAAACUGCAAACAGAGCAACUCAGAAGAGUUGGGAUCACCAGAUAACACCACUGAAACACUCAUGAGAGGUGUUUCUCCUGGACCUGCCUUCGUCAAUGCUUGUGAACCUGAGGACAGCUUGCAGAGUGGGACAGAGCUCUUAAGGGCCAUCUGGACAAAGUCUGCACCCCAAGAGCUGGCUUUUAGGAAAACCAAACCUAGUAAGGACACCCCUCCAGAUCAGCCUGGCUCUGAGUGUGGAGCCCCAAGACCCAGUACCAACAUGUGGCCAGCUCUCCCCUCCCAAGAGAAGACUCCCUCUGCGGAGAAACUAGGUCUGUCGGAUGGGUAUAGGAAAGUGCCUUCAUAUACAUACUCGGAGAAGAAGCUCUCGAGGUGUGGGGAGUGCAGGAAAACAUUCCAGAACACCCUGGCCCUCACAGCCCAUCAGAAGAGCCACUCCAGGAAGACACCCUAUGCCUGCAGUGAGUGUGGGAAAGCCUUCAGCCGCAGCACCCACCUUGUCCAGCACCAGGUAGUACACACAGGAGCAAAGCCUCAUGUGUGCGAGGAGUGUGGAAAGGCCUUCAGCCGGGCCACCCACCUGGCACAGCAUCAAAGGACUCACACUGGGGAGAAGCCCUACCAGUGUGGGGCCUGUGGAAAGAGCUUCAGCCGCAGCACCCACCUCACGCAGCACCAGCGCGUGCACACGGGGGAGCGGCCAUAUGAGUGCGAGGAAUGUGGCAAGACCUUCAGCCAGAGCACCCACCUCACACAGCACCAGCGCGUCCACACCGGGGAGAAGCCCUACAGGUGCGAUGCAUGUGGGAGGGCCUUUAGUGAUGGCUCAGCUCUUAUCAGACACCUGCGAAUCCACUCUGGAGAGAAGCCCUAUCAGUGCAAGGUCUGUGCGAAGGCCUUCGCGCAGAGCUCGUCCCUCAUCGAGCAUCGGCGGGUCCACACGGGAGAGAAGCCCUAUAAGUGCAGUGACUGUGGGAAGGCCUUCAGCCGCAGCUCUGCACUCACUGUGCACCUGAGGGUCCACAUCACGGUGCUGUAGUGACCGAGUCUAAGAAACCCUGACUUCUGAAAGAGCCAGGGACAGGGCAAGAACUGAGAAGCCUCAGCAGCCUUUGGAAACACACCAACGUCACCCUGA